CUGUUAGCGGAUGAUUUAAACGUUUGUUGAGGGAACGCGACCCAUUGUUACUAUCACAUAAAGCCGACUCGUCGUGCUACCGCUACCUGUAAAUUACCAGCACUAACAUGGCUGCCAAACUGUACGUUGACGAGGCUCGAAACGGUGAAGAAAACACAACUCCUGUUGACAAGGCUCGUCUUCUAACAAAUGGCGAAGAGAAUACAACUCAAGGUCAGCUUGUUACACCAUCAGGUGCCUCAUCGUCAUGCGCACCUGAUAAAACAGCAGCCCCAGAUAACUUCAUAACGGAGGUAUCGGUACCUUUGAGUGCCAGUAACAGUGGGUCUGAGCCUUGUGACCGAGGUGUAGCAGAGACCCAGACAACAACAACCCAGAGUCUUGAGCACAAGUCUGACGAAUGCAACACAUCCACCUUGAGAUGUGGGGAAAAGCGGGCGAGGGAAUCAGAAGACCGCUCUGAUGUUCCUGUGAAACGGCGUUUGAGAACAUCGGAAGAUAGCAGGAAAGAAUUUCUACCAGACUACGACGCGAGAUGUGCCGAGCUGUGGAUCAAUGGUGAAAUGGCUGCUUGUGAGGCUUAUGAGUUAUCAAAGUCCAGCCGCAACACCCAACGCCAACGUGCUGUUCGACAACCCGGCAAUAGUAGUUCUGUGAAUCAGCCUCUCACCCAGAGUGACUUUUUACGUCUCAUCCGAAUUGAAGUGGCAGCUGGUUAUCAAUCCAUCGCAAAGAUGCUUCGUUUGAGUAUGGAGCAGAGCAGAGCUGAUUUCGCAGAGGUGAUAAAUAGACUUGAUGCAAUGCAAAGGGAUACCAGAGAGUUGGCUAAUGAAGUCCGUAAAAUGCGAGCGGAUGGAAGACUAGCAUUAGAUGCAAUCUCUCUUAUGAAUGAAAAAAUGAGCGUCAUUCAAAGGUUUGCGUUGGACUUGCAUCGAGCGCUGACUACUAGAAAAUGAGGGGUCUGUUUAUUAUAGCAUACUGAUUUGCAUUCAAGCCUACUUUUGCUAAACAGCUUUUCCUUUUUUGAUAUACUUGUAUUGAUGAGUGAUUUUUUUUUAUGUUGUGCAUGCCUGUUUAUUGUAUCACUUUCCUGUGUUAUUUUAGUAGUUUUUAAAUAAAUAG